AUUUUUGUUGCAACUUUUAAAUAGAAUUUAGAUAUUAAAUAAAAAUGCAGGCAUUUUUAAAAACUGGCAAAUCCAGUGCUAACAGCAACACGACAGAUAAGCCAGCCGGCAAUGAACCCGCUGAACGUCGCAAGCCACCUGCACCUUGGGUCGAAAAAUAUCGGCCGCGAAGCGUAGACGAUGUUGUGGAACAGUCGGAGGUGGUGGCCGUGUUGCGCAAAUGCGUCGAAGGUGCCGAUUUGCCCAAUAUGCUGCUCUACGGUCCACCUGGAACCGGAAAGACGAGUACCAUUUUGGCGGCGGCACGUCAAAUAUUUGGCGAUAUGUAUCGCAGUCGUAUUCUGGAGCUGAAUGCUUCUGAUGAGCGAGGUAUCAAUGUGGUACGCACCAAGAUCAAGAACUUUGCACAGCUCACGGCGAGCAAUACACGUCCCGAUGGUCGUCCAUGUCCGCCAUUCAAGAUUAUUGUGCUCGAUGAGGCAGACUCAAUGACCCAUGCGGCGCAAGCGGCCUUGCGUCGCACCAUGGAAAAGGAAUGUCGCAGCACCAGAUUCUGUCUUAUCUGCAAUUAUGUGUCUCGUAUUAUUGUGCCCAUUACUUCACGUUGUUCCAAGUUUCGCUUUAAGGCGCUUGGGGAAACACAGAUCAUUGCACGUCUGCAGCACAUUUGUGAACUGGAGGGAGUACAAAUUGAUCCUGAUGCAUACAAGUCCAUUGUUAAGAUAUCGGGCGGUGAUAUGAGACGUGCCAUAACUACAUUGCAGUCAUGUUAUCGCCUCAAAGGCGCCGAGCAUACCAUCAACACAGACGAUCUGCUCGAGAUGUCCGGCAUCAUACCAGAACAUUAUCUGGAGGACUAUCUGGAAGUCUGUCGCUCUGGUAAAUAUGAGCGUCUGGAGCAGUUUGUGCGUGAGAUUGGUUACUCAGCCUACAGCGUUGGUCAGAUGAUGGAGCAGUUUGUGGAGUUCAUUGUCCGUUCCGGAUCGCUGACCGAUAAACAAAAGGCCAUCAUAUGCGACAAGUUGGGAGAGUGCUGCUUUCGAUUGCAGGACGGCGGCUCUGAGUAUUUACAAAUUAUGGAUCUAGGCUGUGCUAUUAUACUGGCGCUUAAGUGAAUCAGCAACAUACACACACACACAUACACAUUCUCAACCAUUUUAUAUUAACUUAAAAUCUUUGUUUACGAUAUCAUAGUUAUUGUUGAAUAAGAGCUUCAAUAAUUGAACCAAUUUAAUACGAAUGGUACCUCAUACGAGUUCCGAAAUUUUUUAAGGAAUUACAAAGAAAAUAUAAAUAAAAU